AUGGGGAGAGAGAGAGAGGGAGAGAGAGAGACAGGGGGAGAGAGAGAGAGGGAGAGAGAGAGACAGGGGGAGAGAGAGAGAGAGGGAGAGAGAGAGACAGGGGGAGAAAAGAGAGACAGGGAGAGAGAGAGAGAGAGAGAUACGGAUGGGCGUUGGCCCAGUACAGCUAAAGUACAGCUUCUGUUGCCAUCCAACAUGGCAAAUUUAACUCAACUUGGAACAUCUCCAUCGCAUCCAGCUCAGAUCAGACCCCGCGCAUGAAUUAUCCGCCAACGCAUCUCGAUUGAAUCAGACAGCGAGCGAGCGAGCGAGAGAGAGAGAGAAAGAGAGAGAGAGAGAGAGAGAGAGAGAGAGAGAAAGAAGAGAGGAAGAGAGCCCUCAACGCUGACGAUAGAGUUGUGAAUGUGGGCACCAGUUUCUUGAUCGGGUCGACUGCUGGCUCUAUCCGGCCACUUUGGGCCAAGAAGAACUGGCUAAGUAUUAAUAUUGGGCUUUUAUAUUAACGGGCCAGAAUUUAUUUGGGCCAGAAAAAUAAAAAACCCCCUUUCGGCCCAAUCGCCUACUGCCGACCUUUCCGGUUGCUUCCGCAGCGUAAUCACAGCCGUUCAUCACCUAGACCUCAUCAUUGAUUCAACCAAGAUAUAACUAUGAUUAUACCCUCCGAUGUCCCUGUUGAGGCCAUGCUGGCGUUCGUCCUUUGAAUUUGUCAUUGACCUUCCCUAAGGAUCAGACACGUACCCCAGUCCGGUAGCGACUUUAAUCGAGUGGGACCCAAAAAGGGCAAGAAGUACACGCGGGGAGGGGGCCAGCAGGCCACAGCGGUGCUCAUAGGUUGUGUCAGUCGGUCGGAGCGUCGGAUUUGUUACGGUGAACCGCGGAUCAACCAGAGAAGCUGUGAUUCUGGCGGUGGGUCUCACACCCAGUUGCUCUGACGGCAAGGGAUGAGAGCUGGCCAAUUGCUGAUCCGCAAGGAGCACGGUAACUGAACCUCAUUGCGAGUCCACACCAUCCUCUUACCGUACACACACACUCUCUCUCUCUCUUUCUCUGUCUCACACAGACAUAACCACAGAAGCACUCUCUCUCAAGGCUCCCCCAGAAAGUACGGGUUCCUCUCUCCUCUCUCUUCAGUUCCUGAAACGGCUAUAGAGGAGAGAGGAAGAGAGAGGGGGGGGGGAGGGGGGGAGAGGGGGAGAAGAGGAGGCGGGGGAGGUGAGGCGAGAACGCUCGGGAGAAAGGCUACAAGGCGGUCCUUCUCUCCCUCCCGUGCCGGCCCCCAUCUGGAAUCGGAUCCUGAGAUAUCGGGGUCCAGUGUGCGGUAA